AUGAUGCAUUCUUGUAGUGAGAGGAAGAUGAUGAAGAUAAUAUGGAGCUUGUGUUUAAUCUUGUCCUUUUUCAACUCGGUGUUUGUUUUUGCUUCUCCUGUUAAGCACUUGUGUCGUCCAGACCAGAGAGAUGCUCUUUUGGAGUUCAAGAGUGAAUUCCAUUUUCAUACGACGGCUGCUGGUGAGAAGAUAGCGACGUGGAGAAACAACACUGACUGCUGUUCUUGGGAAGGUAUCUCUUGUGAUAAUAACACGGGUAUGGUCAUUGAGUUAGACCUCAACAACAAAUUUGGCCUCUGGGACAAGAGCCUCAGUGUCCCUUUGAGAUCUAAUAGUAGUCUGUUUAGACUACAACAUCUUCAGAGCCUUUAUCUUAGUGACAAUGAUAUUUCUGGUGUUAUACCAGACUCCAUCGGCAACCUCAAAUAUCUCAGGGUUUUGAAACUUGAGUUUUGCAGUUUAUUUGGAAAGAUUCCUUCUUCAAUCGGAAAUCUUUCUUAUCUCACUAAUCUUGAUCUUUCAGAAAAUGAUUUUUCCGGUGAUCUACCGGAUUCGAUUGGCAACCUCAAGUAUUUGAGGGAUUUGAUUCUUUCCAUUUGUAAUUUAUCUGGAAAAAUUCCUUCUUCACUCGGGAAUCUUUUCUCUCUCACUGAUCUUGAUCUUUCUGAAAAUGAUUUCACCGGUGAGCUCACUGGGAACUUUCCUUUUCUAUUACUCAAUUUGAGCGAGCUCACUGGGAUCAACCUUCGUUCUAACCAGCUUCAAGGUAUGCUCCCGACUAACAUGAGUAGCCUCUCUAAAUUGGAGGUUUUCUAUAUAGAUGGAAAUUCAUUUCAUGGAUCUGUUCCAUCGUCUCUAUUCAUGAUCCCUUCGUUGACCUACCUCAACCUGGGAGGAAACCACUUCAGCGGUCCUCUUGAGAUUGGGAAUAUGUCUUCUUCACCACUGAAAUUGUUAUCCCUCAGAGAUAACAAUUUCAGUGGACCAAUCCCAGAGGGUUCUAUAUCGAAACUAGUCGGCCUCGUCGAGCUUGACCUGGCUUUAUGGAAUACAGGGAGGGGCAUGGUGGAUUUCAACAUCUUCCGUCAUCUAAAGUCUCUUGCAGCACUUGACCUCUCCUAUCUGAAUACAAGAAGCAUGGUUGACUUGAGUAUUUUCUCACAUCUCAUGUCACUUAAUUCCCUCUAUCUUUCAGGGAUUAAUGUGAAGAUCAGGUCAAGUCUCCAUAUUCCAUCACGCAUAGAAACAUUGGCUUUAUCAUCGUGCAAUAUUUCAGAGUUUCCAAAAUUUCUACAAAACCAAACUGGAUUGGCGUAUCUAGACAUUUCUGCCAAUCGAAUUGAAGGACAAGUACCAGAGUGGUUAUGGAGUCUGCCAGCGUUAGGGAGAGUCAACAUUUCUCAUAAUUCCUUCAACGGUUUUCAAGGAUCAGCGGAUGUCAUUCAAAAAAGUGCGAACUUAUCAAUACUUGAUAUAAGUUCGAACAUUUUCCGGGACCUUCCUCUAUUACCAAAGGCUUUACGGUACUUCUUAGGCUCCGAAAAUGGGUUUUCCGGAGAGAUUCCUAUGGAAAUAUGCGAAUUGGUUGAUCUUCGUGUCCUUGUUUUAUCAAACAACAACUUCAGCGGUUCUAUUCCUCGUUGUUUUGAGAAUUUCAAUGCUAGCAUUAUGGUACUGCAUCUACAUAGUAACAGUCUCUCUGGUUUUCUUCCAGAGGAAAUUAUCAGUAGUGUUUACUUGAUAUCACUUGAUGUUGGUCGUAACCGGUUGUCCGGAGGACUCCCCAAGUCUCUCAUCAACUGCACGCGUCUCGAGUUUCUGAACGUGGAAGACAACAACUUCAAUGACACGUUUCCUUUCUGGUUGAGUUCUUUGCCGAAUCUACAGAUUCUUGUCCUUCGUUCUAACAGUUCCACGGGCCAAUAUAUUCUCCUGGAGAAUCUUUGA